AUGUCCAUAGCCCAACCAUGUGCCGAGGACACAGUCCCUAAGUUCAAACGAGGGAGAACCCAAGCCCGAUCAGCUUUGAGUUUUUCUGAUGAUGAUAAGGUGGGAAUAGUUCAACCACAUGAUGACGCCUUAGUGGUCACUCUUCGUGUUGGAGGAUAUGAUGUAAGGAGGGUCUUGGUUGAUCAGGGUAGUGGUGCAAAGAUUAUGUAUCUUGACCUGUACAGGGAACUUAAUCUGAAACUCGAGGAUCUAGUUAGCUAUGACUCCCCUCUAGUGGGGUUUGAUGGGAAUACCGUUAUCCUAAAGGGACUGAUCAGGCUGCCUGUUCAAGUGGGAUCAGAGGUGGUGGAUGUGGACUUCAUAGUGGUAGAUGUUUAUUCACCAUAUACUGCCAUCUUAGCAAGAUCGUGGCUUCAUACUAUAGGAGCUGUUUCCUCAACUUUGCAUCUAAAAGUGAAGUAUCCCUUUGGGGACCAUGUUGAAGAGUUGAUCGGAAGCCAGGCCAUGAUAAGACAAUGCUUGGUAGCUGCUAUCAGACAUCAGUCUGAGGGAGAACCCUUGGACAUCCUCGGGAAGGCUUUGUAG